AUGACUGCUCUAAUAAUCCUAGUAUUAGUAUUAUGUGCUGCACCAGAAGCCAAACAAAGACUGAAACAAGCUGAGCCUAGAAGCAAAUCUGGCAGAUAUCUUGGAGACGGCACUCGACAAAAAAGGUGCAACAGCAGUCGUACUGAAAGCCCUGAAUGUGUGGGCAAUGAGAGAACAACACCCCAGCUGAGAUACUUUUUCAACCACACUUCUGGCAACUGCGAAUCGUAUACUUACUACAGAUGUCCAUUCAAGAAUGACGCCAUCAACGGUACUUAUGAGAAUAGCUUCAAGAAGGAGAAAUAUUGUCAUCUUCUUUGUCGGCCUGAUGGUAUUAAACCUCGCUGA